CGCCGGCGCGGGGCUGGGGAGCUGCUGGGACUUGGACCCUUGUGCCCCGCCGGGAUGGGCAGCGCCCGGCCCAUCCUCUGCCUCCAGCUGUGGCUGUGGGUGCAGAGCUCUGCCCAGGAACUCGACUCCAAUGGCAGGAACGUCUGCAGGCUCCCCACCGGCCCCGAGUGCUGCCCCGGCUGGAAGCAGGAAGGGCGGGAGUGCACGGCCGCUCUGUGCGAGAGGGAGGAUGCCUGCGGGGUGGACGAGGUGUGCGUGAAACCUGGGGUUUGCCUCUGCAAACCCGGCUUCUUCGGAGCAGACUGCAGUUCCCGCUGCCCCGAGCAGUACUGGGGCCCCGACUGCAAGCGGAGCUGCCCAUGCCACCCCAACGGGCGCUGCGACCCGGCGAGCGGGCACUGCACCUGCGACCAAAACCACUGGGGAGAUCAUUGCCAGUUCCCCUGCCCGUGCGGCCCCCACGGCCACUGCGACCCCCUCACCGGCACCUGCCACUGCGAGCCGGGCUGGUGGGCGCCCACCUGCAAGAAGCAAUGUCAGUGCAACCCCACCAGCUCCCGCUGCGACCCCCUGACCGGGCACUGCCGCUGCCUGCCGGGCUGGUGGGGCAGGAGGUGCAGCUUCAAGUGCUCCUGCAACCUCUCGCCCUGCGCCCAGGAGACGGGCAAGUGCGAAUGCAAAGCUGGGUUCUGGGGGCCGGCGUGCCAGCGGCGCUGCGACUGCUUGCACGGCUCCUGCAGCCCCCUCAGUGGCCACUGCAGCUGCAGCCCCGGCUACCAGGGCAGGAGCUGCCGGGACCCCUGUCCGGCAGGGAAAUACGGGUCUCAGUGUGUGCACAGCUGUGGGAGCUGCAAGCGCAGCCAGCCCUGCUCGCCCGUCGACGGCUUCUGCCUGGCCUGCCAGCCCGGCUGGAACGGGACCCUCUGCAAGGAACCCUGCGCACCCGGCUUCCACGGCGAGGGCUGCCUCCACCCGUGUCCCCGCUGCCGGCGUGGGGAGACCUGUGACCCAGAGACCGGGUCCUGCCUGCGCUGUGAUCCCGGCUGGAUGGGACCCAGCUGCAACAGCUCCUGCCCUGCGGGCACCUUCGGAGAUGGAUGCCAGCUCCUCUGCCCAGAGUGUGUUGCAGGGAGCUGCGACCCUGUGUCAGGAGCUUGCAUCUGCCAGGCAGGCUACUGGGGAGCCAGCUGCAACAAUACCUGUCUGGAGGGGUAUUUUGGAGUGAACUGUUCCUCGCCCUGCCAGUGCUCCCGGGGGACCUGCCACCCCGUGAGGGGUGACUGUGUGUUGAGUUUUAAGGACCACGGGACCCUUGCAGCUGCCAUCCUUGUCCCUCUGCUGCUGCUGCUGCUCUGUGUUGCCUGCUGUUGCUGCGGAGCUGGUCCUGCAGAUGCUAGAGACAGGGCGGCCGUGCCGGACGAUGAUGUGGUGGCCAGGAUGAAGCACCACGUGCAGGGGGUGCUGGCGAACCUCAGUGCUAUGAUGCCUUGUUUUUCCCUUGGUGGCUACAAACUUCCCAAAGUCACAGUUUCCCACCACGACACGGAAAUCCCCUUCAACCCCAGCUUCAUCGAGCCGCCGUCGGCUGCGUGGGUUUCAGACAGCUCCUUCUCCUCCUCCUUCGAGACUGACAACGAGGGACCCGAGUACUCUGUCCCUCCCAGAGAAGGCAUUCCAUUGCUGGGGGGGGCCGAGCUACAGGAUGGGGCAUCCCCCCCCGGAGAGACACUCCUGGACCCAUCUGCCUUCGACUCCGAGGAUGUCUCGCAGCCCUUCGCCAUCCCUCGCACCUCCAGCAUCGCCAAAGCCAAGCGGCCCUCUGUAUCCUUUGCUGAGGGAACGAAAUUUGGGGCGGCAGAGACCCCCAGCCCUGGCCGGAAGCCCAAGACCCCGUGGAUCCCAUCCAAGAUGUCUUCAGCACCGGGGGACACAGCAGCCGAGCCCCCCACUGAACGACCAGCCAGCGAUUGCUACGAGAGCCCCGAGCCCCUCAGCAAGGGGGAGGAAAGCCACCGGCCAUCACCCUGGGCCACCCCGGGGGGACGCCGGCGGGUGGUCUCCAGCACCAGGCACGUGGCCCAGAGAGUGGAGGCGCUUGAAGCGGCUGCAAAAUCUGGCAGCUGGGAGGCGAAGGGGAAGGAGCCCAACGUCACCACCAUCUACAUGAUGGUGGGAACGGCCGGGCAGGACCCCAAGGCGGAGGGGGGUGGCGAGGGACCAGUCCAGGCCAUGCUCAAGCGGCUGGGCAGCUUGCAGAAGGGCAAGUGGGCUGCAAAGGAGGAGCCCAAGGUGAGGAGGAGUGUCGAGGCCAUCCAGAAGCCACCACGCCGGGCCCUGGCACAGUGCAGAGACUCGCUGAAUAGUUGCAAGCAGAGGGAGAGUGUCCCAGGAGCUCCUGCUGAACCAUCCCCUGGCAAACAUCUCCCUGGGAAGAGACAGUCCUUCCUUCUUGCAUCUCCCUUGCCGAAAAGCACCGAGGCCCAGGAUGGAGCCAGCGAUGUUGCAGGGGCCAUGGAGAGGGGCAAAAGCCCGGAGUUAGUCCUCAGCCUUGAAAUGAAGGGACAGGCUACCCCAGAGGAAGAGCCACAGUAUGAAAACGUGAUCAGCAGCAGUGCUGAUUCGCCCCCCAGCCCCGCCAAGGAGCUGCCAGCCGCUCCUGCGGCCACCUGAGCCACUACCACCUGGCCUGGGGCAGCGGGAGCCCCGGAGACCCCCCCCUUGACACCAGCAUGGGGGGAACCGAGGUCCCCCGCUGAGCUGUGAACUUGCGAACUGGGGAAGCAUCGAGCCUUCCCGUUGACCCCUGUUCCUCCGUGCCACGUUGCCAUCACGGACCCUCGCUGGCCGGCACAGACGGGUGAUGCCGAGAGCCGCCGCGGUGGCAGCCCUAUGGGGGUGUGAUGCACCAGGGCUGUUUUCUGUUCCCCCCUGCCCUCUGUGCCCCAUUUUGUGUCUGCCACAACUCGGAGGGACAGCAACACUCUGGAUGCAGUGGUGGCACCUUUUGGUCCCUGUCAGCACCAGGUUUGGGGACACGAGUCCUCCUUGUAAAAGGGACUGGGGCUGCUGCGGGCUUUGCUGGGAAAUGCAUGGGGAAAAAAACAGUUUCAUCCCAUCGGCUUUCACCUUUCCCUGCUCCAGAUCUGGUAAUGCUGCACUGAGCCUGUUGCUGUAAAGGUGCUUCUCUCUGUAGGGGAUUAUUUUGUGGAGCUGGGCUGGGGAGAGAUGAUGGGCUGUCACAAGCAGCUUCAGCAAAAAUUAAUUUUAGCUGCUUAACUCGCAGGGUAUCUGGGUCUGCAGGGGUUUAUAUGUGUGGCUCUGGCUUUCAUGGCAGGCCCUGGCUGCCUUCAUUUCUGUGUACACAUGUAGCACAUGAAAAGGCUCAUGGCACAGCAGGGCAUUUAUCGACGGCCUUUUAAAGUCCACAUAAUACCAAGCUGCAAUUUUGCAAGAGCAAACGUGGCAGCGGGGCCGUGACCAUCAACCUGUGUACCUGGCACCGUGCUGGCCCUGAUAAGGAUGGAAGGUGUGUGGAAAAUGGCAUUUCCACGGGUACCCUAAGCUCCUGCCAUGUCCCACACCUCAUUCCUACUGCAGCGACAUGUCACUAUGGGUGGCUGAGAUGUGGUGAAGGUGCUGGAGGACCUCAGGCAGCCCGGGCGAGAUGGGCCCGAGGGCUCUGCCACUCGCGCAAGGCGGUCGAGACGCCAGAGAAGAUUUGCAGCGUGAACUGGUUUUAGAUGUAUCGAAGUGGUAGAAGUUUCUUGUAUACUUUUCUGUUAUUUUGCGUGGCAUGAAAGCCUCUGAAUGAAAAUUAAAUGUUACCAAAGCCCUUUGGGAGCUGGGUUUUCCAGCCACCCUCCGAAUCAAAGGCACAGCCAGAAAUACUCUCCCAAGUAUGGAAACUGUCAGCAGCCUUGGGCUUUCAGGUUUUCUUGUUAUCAUUUUCUGGUUCUGUCAAAUUCUGAACUCUCACUUACGGAGCUGAGCCCAGAGCAGUGCUAGAGACCAGAGGGCAGAAGGAAUGCGAGUGGGCCGUGAGCGUCCAGAGCACCUACACUGCAGGCUGCGUCUCACACGUUGUGUGUGGAGCUCUGUGUGAAUCCUCCUGCUGUGGCACUGCUGAGUUGGGGUUUAGGGUUCGGGGUGUUUUGGAAAACCGAGAGGGUUUUGCUUUUUUCGCUUUGCUUUUCGCAGGUGCUUUUCUGCAGUGCAAAGCACUGAAUCUCCACGGUCCUGGGUGGGUGAGGCUGCCAGUUUUGCAGACAGCAUGCAGCACCCUUUCCUGCAGUGGUAUCACCCACUGCCGUGAUUAUAACACCAAAUAUUCUGGUAUACAAAUAAUAAAGCUCAUCCUGGCAAGACCUGAGCAGCAGCCUGGCCAGACCUCUGUUCUGCACAGGCUUGUUUUUGUUUUGACACUUUUUUUUAUUACAGUGACAGGAACAGUCCCACAUUUUAUUUAUAAGCAGCCAUUUUUUUCCUAAUCAGUUGGAUAUUUUCAGCCUGUGAGCUGAGCAGUGUUGUGCCAGAAGUGAACGUCAUGUGAGCCGGUUCGCCCUGGGUACAGCAUGUAAAUAGCUGACAACAACCUGACAGCCCUUCCUGACGUUGAAACAUGCAUCCAGCUUUGAGAAAAUGCUGCUGCUGCUGUGAGAACCUUUCAUGUUCAUGGGCUGAAUGUGAGGCAGGAUGUUUCCUCUGCUUGAAGACGAAGGAUCUUCACCCUGUCUGGGCGGUGCAAGGAAAACAAGUGGUGGAUUUUCAGUGCC